GCUGGGAAGCGGCGAACUAAGUGGGCGGCGAGGGGAGGUGGGUCAGUCCAAGGCGUUUCCUGGGCUCCGGGACGGGAGGGGGAAGUUCGAGAUGGAUUCACCUUAAUGGCGGUUACCGCGGGAGGCCUCGAGUCACCCUCCCAGCCCCGUCUGGCCCGGCCAUGCCCGGCCCAGCUGACCCUGCAGGAGCCCAAAGACGAGCGUAUUUCCUCCCUCUGAAAGUUGGAAGAAAACAACCAGGGAAGGGAUGGAGGAAUGGGUCGUGUCGUCAUGACGGUAUGCUCUGGCCUGGUUUGGGCAGUCAGAGGUGCUGGGUUUCUUUUGGAGUUGUUCCCAAGCUGUCUCUGCCUUUGUUCUCCUAAGGCAGUAGCUGGUGCAUCGCUGGCCUGUGGAAAUUAAUUUUUAUAAAGAACUAAAUAAUGGAACCAGACAUCGUUCGAAUGUAUUCUUCGUCCCCUCCCCCAUUAGAUAAUGCACCGGAUGAAGAGGAGGAAGAAGAGGAGGAGGAAGAGGAAUUUGGUGAUUUUGGUGGCUUUUCUGAUGUUGGAAGUACUAGUGUAAGCUUUGAUUUUGCAUCAGAGUAUUCCAGUUCAAAAGAAGAACAUAAGUCUUCAUUUAACUCCGAUUACUCAGGAAGGGUAGAUAGUGUUAUAACUUUUACCACAAUAAGAUAUAGUAACAAUAAGGACAGCAUUGCAGAACUUCCUACUUCUAUAAAAGAACUUCCUGAUAGUACUAAAGAAAAAUGUGAGUGUAGAAACUUGGGUACAUCAUUUGAAGAUGUCAUUCCGGUAGAAGUAAAAAGAGCUGGAAAACUGGAAUCAUCAUAUUCUGAAAUUAUUAGGACUGAUCUAAAAGUUCCAAAGGAAGAUCAGCAAAUAGACAGCUGUAAUGGCGAGAGACUACCAUUCUCAGAAGUUCUAACAAAUGGAUUUUCAGAACCAGAUACAGCAAACUCUCAGGGAGUAAAGGAUCUGGACAGUGUUGAUGACCCAAAGGGAUUAAAAACAAUUAGCACUCAUAGUACUGAAUUAAAUUUGGAUUCUAUACCCAGCACACAAGAGAAUUUUGCCACAUUCUCACAUAAACAAACAACCCAGGUAGAAGAAACAAAAAAUGAAAUAUGCAAAUAUUUUAGUGAAAAAAAAGUAUUAAAUGCACAGGAAAAUUAUGUAAAUAGAAUUGGAGAGGCAGAAUCUAUGAAGGAAGCUAUUUUGGAUGAAAGCUGUGAAUGUGAAGGGGAAACUUUUACUGAAGGUGAACACAUCUGCAUUUCAAAAACUAAUUUAAUAAACAAUGUGAAGCCUGAAAAAGACUGCACAGAAUUGGAAUCUAAUGACACUGUCACUUCUGUACAAACAAAUGUGAAUUCAAUAGGCACAAUUGAAAAUGCUGAAGAAAAGGGGGAGGACGGCACCGGAAACAACAAAGAACAUGCUUUUUCUUCGACCAGUGAUGCUGCAAAAACAGCAGACCUCAGCCUAAGUAGGCUUGAAAGUCUUAGCAGUCUUCCUAGUAGCAAGAAGGUAAAUGUUUCUGAAAUAGUAAAAAAUGGUGAAAGUGACCCUGGACAUGCAUCAUGUAAUGAGGUUAGCGAAGAUGAUUUUGGUGAUUUUAGUAUAGUCAGUAAUGGAUCUCUUGCUUUUGCAGAUAGUGUUCAAACUUCUGCAAGCCAAGAACUUUUUCAACCCCCUUUUGAAAAUCUCAAUAAUGAAUGUAGUGAAUUCACAGCUACCAGUAGUAGUCUUCAUCAGCAAUCAACAGAGGUAGCUCCUUGUCAACCAAAUGAGAUUUCAAGUGCUCUGUUGGAAGAACAUCCAAUGGUUAGUUCUGAUUUUAGCAAGAAGAUAAAACCCUCUGUAGAAUUGGAAAAUGGGGACGAUAAUGAGUUUGGAGAUUUUGAUUCAGGGUCAAAAAGAUUUCCAGACUCUGAUGAAUUUUCAGACUUUAGUUCAGCUGGUUGUAACCAAGCUACAGAGUGGAAUGCUUUUGAAACCGAACAAAAAGAAAGCUGCUUAUGGGCUACUUUUGAAGAUGAACAAAUGGUAGAAUCUCAUCCUAGAGAAGAUGUGUGGCCAUCCCAUACAGUUGACACAACUGACAGUGCUGAAGAUUCAGUUACUCAAGCGGGAAAUGAGCAGUUGCAAGAAUUACAAGUUUCAGCUCAGGUUGUGCUUCUAAAUCGUCUUGAACGAAUAUUCAAGGCCUGUUUCCCUCCUGUACUUGUUUCUGAAAUGAGAGAGGAAAUUCCUCCUUUAAAUCUCAUGUUAGAAGUGGGCAGAAAACCAGAGAGAACAGUGGAGAACCUAUCAGAAAGGGAACUACUUGAUGUGUGGGCAGAGCUUCAGGAUAUCCAUGAUGCUUAUGGACUGAGAUACCAGUGGGGUGGCUCCCAUAGCAACAAAAAGCUUCUCUGCUCUUUGGGAAUCGACACAAGAAACAUUCUCUUCACAGGUAACAAGAAGCAGCCCGUCAUAGUGCCCAUGUAUGCAGCAGGGUUGGGUAUGUUAGAGCCUACGAAGGAACCCAUGAAACCAAUUUCUGCUGCAGAGAAAAUAGCUUCAAUAGGACAGACUUCUGCUAUAUCACCAGAAAUUAAUAUAUGUACAUCUGAUCAGUUGCAGGAAUCUCUACCACCUGUCCAGUUUGACUGGAGUAGCAGUGGCCUUACUAACCCUUUAGAUGCUAGUGGAGGUUCCACUCUUCUGAACCUUGAUUUCUUUGGGCCCGUGGAGGACAGUAGUUCUAGCACCACCACCACCAUCCCAGGUGUAGAUCCAGAGUUGUACGAGUUGACAACUUCCAAGCUAGAAACUUCCAAAACCACCAGUAAAGUGACUGAUGCAUUUGCAAAGCUAAUGUCUACAGUAGAGAAAGCAAGUACAUCAGCAAGAAAACCCCAAAAGGAAGAACAACUCAGUGACGAAGCUGCCAAGGUGAUUUCUAGCCUUCCUGACUUGUCUUUCAUGCAUGCCAAGGUGUUGAUGUUUCCAUCUACGUUGACACCUUCAACAGUUUGCCAAGGCAAGGUAGACUAAAAGUGAAGUAGAUUGGACAAUUUCUAUUAAUUUUUCCCCUAGCUCUUUUCUGUGACCUACAAAUUAUCUUGCUUUAAUUAAAAAUCCAAGUUCAGGUGAUUUGUUGGUAAGCAGCACUAGAAAGAUAUACAUAGUAAUGUAUAUUUAUUUACAUACUGGAGCCCUGGAUUUAUAUUAGAAACAAAAUGUAAAUAAUUGGGGAGGAUUGCACCUUUUUUGAAAACAUCCUUUUUUUCUGUGUGCUGGGGUGUAAACAUUUGUCUUUGUGGAAUACACUGGUUGUGUCCUUCUUAUAAAACUUUAUAAACAUUUUUUUAAAAUGAAAACACCCAGUUUUUGCUCUUCAUGAAAUUUCCCAGGUGUUAUUUUUGUUUUGUUUUGUUUUGUUUUGGUCAGAAUGAAUCACUUAACGUUUGAUGAAAAUUCUUUUCCAAAAAAUGGGUCAGGCCUUUUGUUUUGGGGGCUUGUUUUUUUGUUUUUUGUUUUGUUUGUUUUUUUUAGUAAGGCCCUUUUCAUCUAAUGAGGCCUUUUCUUUUUUAGGGACUUGAUGGUUGAUUUUAAGUUUUCUGCCUUCUAGUAAUAACAUUAUCUUGACAUUAUCUUUUAAGAAUUUAUUUCGGGUUCAUUUUAGAAAAGUAAUAGAUCGCUACCUAGCCAUUUGAUUGUUGUGAUCUACCUAGUAAUCAAUAUGGUUUGAGAUGGAAGGACCAAAACUAUCUGAAUGUCUUACAAUGAAAUAUACUUGUUACAUUUUUUUUGUUGUUGUACCACUAUUCUUAUGUUUGAUUUUGCACAAUGUAAAUUUGACAUAAUCAUAGGUUGCUAUGGUUUAGGCUGUAUGUACAGAAAAAAACUAUGGGUUGUAAAUGUUUGGGGAAAUUCCUAUGGAAAAAAAGAGAAUGCUAUGUAGAACAACCUCUAACAAGGUUCAUGUGCAUGCCUGAGGUCUUUUUGAAAUUUCAGUGUACAAAUUUCUCUUAGCCUAAUCAAAAUAAACAAAUAAAGUUAUAUAGUCUGUUAAUGCGUGUACUGAUGUUCUCUUUAUGAUUUCAAUACUGCUGAAGGCAGAACUGAAGAUUCCCUUUUUCCAUACAUGGAAAGAAAAUGUGUACCUGAACGGCUUUUUACUCCAAAGAAGUAACAAAACAUGCAAUAUUGUUAAUUUAAACGUAAUAUAAUUUUAUUUCCUAUUGGUAUGUGGAAAAUUCUUUCCUUCUUCUCAGGAUACCUGUCUAAAAAGAACUGGAUCUUUUGGGACCUUACCUACAGUUUCUUCUGAGGGCCUAAGCAGUCCCAUCUUAGUUAGGAAGCUUAAGGAUAAUCCAAAUGCUUCACUUAAUUUUCUCCGACAGAUAUAUUGAAGAGCUAUAGGUAAGUGUAUAAAGAGACAGAAAAUAGGAAAUGUGAUGGAAGUAUUAUAAAACAGAAAGCCAAUUUAGUGUAGUAAUUAAGACUCUAAGCUAGAAGGCAGGAAACUUACAUACAAAGGAAGAAGGAAAUGGCAAACAAUUUCUUUAC